AUGUAUUUAUCCAAAAAAAAGAAGGUAUUGUGUUGUUUAAUAUUAUGGAGGUUAAUCUCUGUCUUUGUGGUUCAAACUGCCCAUGUACCAGAUGAAUAUUGGCAAUCAAUAGAAGUUGCUCACCGUUUAGCAUUUGGAUAUGGAUAUCUCACGUGGGAGUGGAGCAUGAGAAUUCGUAAUUACAUGUAUCCAUUUUUGUUAUCCGUUAUAUAUCGAAUAUUAGCAUCGAUAUCCUUAGAUCAUGUAAUAGUUUUAACAAUAUUACCUCGAAUUCUUCAAGCAAUUAUUAGUGCUUAUGGAGAAUACAAAUUUUAUGAGUGGACUAAGAAUAAAUGGACAUUAUAUAGUUUAUGCAUAAAUUGGUAUUGGUAUUAUUGUGCUACACGUACAUUAAUGAAUACUAUAGAAACUGCAUGUAGUAUGUUAGCUUGUUCAAUGUUUCCAUGGCGUGACAGCAAUAUUAGAACUGUAAAAUAUUUAUGGAUUGUAGGUUUUCUAUGUAUGAUAAGGCCCACCGCAGCCAUUAUGUGGUUGCCCCUAUGUCUUUAUCAUUUAUGUACAAGUUUACAAAAUAAGAUGAUACUAAUAUAUGAAUAUAGUAAGAUAUGUAUUAUUUGUUGCUUAGGAUCAAUAUUAUUGGAUAGUUAUUGUUAUGGUAUGUUAGUCGUUUCCCCUUGGGAGUUUUUUCGUGUGAAUGUACUAUACAAAAUUGGAGAUUUAUAUGGAACACAUCAUCUAUUAUGGUAUAUUGUAUGUGGAUUACCAGUACUCUUAGGAUGUUAUUAUAUUAUAUUUUUAUUAUGUGUUUGGCAAAUAAUGAAAAACCCAUCUCAUUUUCAUCAUCAAGUAGUUAUGUUAGCUACUAUAUGUUGGACACUUGGUAUUUAUUCUCUGUUAUCACAUAAAGAAUUUCGGUUUCUAUUACCUCUUUUACCAAUGUGUAUAUAUAUAUGCACUUCUUGUACAUUCCCAUUAAAUAUAAAAUUCUCAAAAGCAGGAAAAAAAAUUAUUGUAGGACUAUUAGUAAUAACCAAUGUAUUACCUGGACUUUAUUUUAGCUUAAUACAUCAACGUGGAUCAUUAGAUGUAAUGAACAUUCUCCAUAAAGAAAUUCUUAAUAUUAAUAAUACAAAGAACAUAUUAUUUUUGACUCCUUGUCAUACUACUCCUCUAUAUAGUCAUCUACAUGUAAAUGUAUCUACUAGAAUAUUAACUUGUGAGCCAAAUUUUACCAAUGAUACAAACUAUAUAGAUGAAGCAGACAUGUUCUUUGCAAAUCCGAUGCAUUGGCUUAAUGAAAAUUAUAAUAGCAACAAAAAUACCACAAUUCCUAAUUACUUAAUAUUAUUUGAUAAUAUUGUACCAAAAAUAGGUCGAUUUUUAAAACACUAUCAAUUGUUAUCAGAAGUUUUCUAUGCGCAUUUUCCACAGUCGAAUUAUGGAAAAUAUAUUUAUAUAUACAAACAGAAGUAA